AUGGCACCGCAACUCUUCAAAGGUCCUAUGUCUCUGACUCUUGCUGAGCAGCAGCUCAUGCAGGAUGAAGAAAGCCGCGUCAAGAUGACCGACGAACAGCUGGAGAAGUUCAACACCUGGGCAAAUGAUAGAGAACCCGAUGUAUCCGACGCAAAGUUCUGGAUCGAGAAGAACACCAAUCUCGACUUCAAUGCCUUCUCGUUCAAGUAUUUGAAUCUUUUAAUCAAACGGGCCGUGUGGAUUUCUCACAAAACAGCAUCAAAGGCUCUGAAAACCUCCGUCGUCAAACGGCCAGGCUUCGGCUUGCCACUCGGUCAUAUGCCUGGCGUUGAGAAGCAGUUUCCUGUUUUGUUCAUGGGCGGCAAUGAUGAGUGGACAGCUGUCACAUUGCUCGUCCGCGAAUGCUGCAUGCUCCGGGCCAUCAACGAGUUGUCUGACAAGCCCGAGUGGUGGCUGAAAGUCAAGAAUAAUGACAUAACCGCCAAAUGGAAGAGGGAAGCUUUGGAAAUGAACUGGGAGUCUUACAUCAAGUACGCGGACUUCACGACAGCAAUGGCCGAUGCGUGCAUCAGCGAGUUACGGAAGAAGGCGUACAUCUUUGAGAAAACUGGAAUUGUACCGGUUUACGACUACUCCACCGCCGUUAUCAAGUCCGACAACAUCUUGACACCGGAACUACUUUCAUCGCUCCGGAACGCCGUCAAGCCACUCGAGAAUGUACCGUCGGAGCAGCAAGACUGGCACCCUAGAAGCAACGAGCAAGUUCUGAACCUGGUGCACCCAUCUCUCUGGCCCUUGAUGUAUGGCCGUACAAGAGUACUCCAGGACCGUGUUAUCGGCGUUGAAGAUGCUCUGGAUUACUGCGGCAUGGGCAUCAAGCUGAGGUCACCAGCAAAGGCGGAAACUACACAAUCCACCUUUCGGCAAUGGAGUUCCCGAGAAGGGCUGAAGGUGCUGAGUAACGAGUUCCAGUGGUUACCCUGCGAUGUGAAAAUUGACCCCGCCACGGGAAGGGCAAAGAUCGCCAGCUACAUCAACAACCUCCAUCCCAAAGAACACGCCCACCUCUACCCUAUCAUCGAGCAAUUCAUCGAGAAGUCUCUGCCUGCAUGGGACGCUAUCUACAGAUGGGAGAAAGAGUUCGCCGUGCAACGUCUUACGACAGACGAUGUCAGGAGAAACCACUGCCCUUGUCCUGAGAUAUGUGGCCAGCGGAGGUGUCAGCCGCAUUUGCGACCCCUUUCCGAAGGUGACGCCCCAAGACAUAUCAGGGAUCUGGAGCGAACCAAGAGGGAUAAGGCCUGGUUUGCAGAGACGCAUGGCAUGAAGUUGCCUGAUGCAGACCCGGAGGCGAAGGAUUAUGUCCGGAUCGGCGCUUCAGACAUCAAGAGCAACAGCUUCUUCAACAACAAGAAGAGAAUUCAGGUCAUCGUGAAGUUGGCCAAUAUCCACCUGACGCCGGAGAAACCAUCCUACGAAGGUGGUUCGUGGCACACGGAAGGCCUCCUCAACGAGCAUAUUAUCAGCACGGCGCUUUACUACUAUGACAGUGAAAACAUUACGGAUUGCACGCUCGACUUUCGAACCCUUGCCGACAGAGAGGAUCUUAGCUCAGAGCUCAGUUAUGAUCAAUACGACUGGGCGGGCAUCAAGCAAGCUUUCGCUAUUGACCCGCGGGGCAACACCAUUCAAAACAUCGGCUCGCCUGAUACCAUGUCACCAAGCAAAGAAAGCAGCUCUGCGGAGCUCACCGAAAUGGAUCCCCGGGGUGAUCUCGUCUUCAUUGUCGGAUCGGCAGCCGAAGACACCCCUGCCCGCAGCUUCCGUGUCUGUUCCCGGACCAUGGCCCGCGUAUCCCCCGUCUUCGACCGCAUGCUCCACGGUAGCUUUGUCGAAGCCAAGCCAACCACCAACUCAGACAGCACCGCAAUUGAUUGGGUGGUGGAACUUCGUGAGGACAAGCCCGACACAUUCGAACUCUUCGCCAGCAUCGCCCAUGCCAAAUUCCGCCAAGUCCCGAGGAGUCUGCCGAUCGACAGGCUGUACGACCUCACAGUCCUGACGCACUACUACGAUGCAACGCCAAUGUUGACACCAUGGUUGCAGAACUGGGUCACGGGGAUCGGGGAGACACCAGAUGUCGGCGUGAACGGGUUAUUGAUGCCAAAGCUUCUGUGGAUCUCUUGGGAGCUGGGUCAUAAGCAGCUGUUCGAGAGUACAGCACGAAGAAUGGUUAUGGAAUGCCGGGGGACUGGAGAAGAGAUCGAGUUAGAGGGGCUGAGUACGCCGCCGGACAUCAUUGAGCGAAUCAAAUCUGUCCGCACGCAGACAAUUCAGUCCAUCAUGGACCUCUUUCGUGACUUGGCUGAAAGGCUUAUCACAGUCGACGAGGGCGAGAGAUGGUGCCGGCAUGCCAUGUACAUGGGACCGCACCGGUGCGAGAGCAUGAUACUAGGAAGCAUGACUUUCUGUCUCACUCGAGCAGGUUUGUGGCCCAUUCCAGAUGCCGCGGAUGUCGAGGAUAGCGUUGUGACACUAUACUCAACGUUGAUGAACCUGGUAAUCCAUGACAUCGGCAAGCCUGCGGAAAGAGGAGGAGUUGAUCAUGCUGAGUGCAACCCUCAAGCAUCUGCUUUGGUCCUCGUUCCGGAGCCGACCGCUGACCCAAAUGACCCCCUUAACUGGUCAUUAACUCGAAAAUAUGUCAACGCUAUCUUCGUCUUCGCCGUCACUGUAGCUGUCUUUGCCGCGAUGACUAUGCAGAUGGUUCUCUGGCAGCAGAUGACAGUUGAGUUGGACAUGUCUUACGAUGAGCUUAACGCCGGUGUCUCCUUCAACGUCGUGGGGCUCGCCAUGGGCUGUCUGCUCAUCAUUCCCUUCACGAAGAAAUACGGUCGACGGUCCACCUACAUCUUCUCGACCGCGAUCAUGGCUGCGACCUCAUGGUGGUCUAGUCGCAUGUACACUGUUCCCGAGAUGUACAUCACUAAUCUGCUGUUUGGUCUGGCGGGUUCCACGAAUGAGACUAUUGCCGAAAUGACUAUCGCGGACCUUUUCUUCGUUCAUCAGCGAGGCUUAGCCAAUGGCUUCUACAUCACCUGUGUCAUGAUUGGAAACUUCCUCGCCCCGACUCUAGCUGGCGUCCAGGCUGCAACCAUGGGAUGGAGAUGGACUUACUACACCGUGGGCAUCAUUCUCACGAUCCUAUCACUCCUGUUCGUCUUCUUCUUCGAGGAAACCAAGUACAUCCCGGUUUCCGUGGGACUCAACGAUCAAGGCCUAGAUAUUGCCCUGCCACGGCCUGUCGAUAUCAACGCAGACGAGGAGAAGCUACCCGAAACGCUCGUCGACAGAGACAUCGUGGAUGCUGGGCAGCCAAUUCCUCUCAACACGUAUCGACAACGCAUGCGCUUCUUCACACAGACGGACGAGUCGCUGUUAUCGGGCUAUCUUACACCAUUCAAGACAGCUGCCUUCCCGCAUGUUGUCUUCGCAGCGAUACAAUGCGCUAACGCAGUUGCUUUCCUUGUGCUUCUCACAAGCAUCAACUCCAUCGUCUUUGCCGCGCCACCUUACAGCUUCAGCACGGCUGGGGUUGGGCUCAUGCUAAUUGGACCCUUCAUCGGCAACUUGAUCGGCAGCGUUUAUGGAGGUUUGCUUGGAGACUGGAUUGUCGUGAGGCUUGCACGAAAGAACCGCGGCAUAUUCGAGCCGGAGAUGAGACUCUACAUCCUCUUCCUUCCAGCACUUGUCAUGGGGGCUGGUGUCAUUAUCUUUGGGGCGACGGCAGAUCGGGGAAUGCAUUGGGUGUAUCCAAGUAUUGGAGGAGCUUGUUUCGCGUUUGGCAUGGGCUCUAUGAUGGACGUCGCCUUCACCAUCGUCAUCGAUACUUAUAAGACUAUUACAGCCGAAUCUUUCGUCUUCAUCACCUUCAUUCGCAAUGCGGCGACAAUUGGGGUGCCGUUCGCCGUGGUGCCAUGGCUUAACGCCAUGAGUUUGACGAACAUCUCCAUUAUCAGUGGGACAGACUCGCUUCCCACAAUGACUCUCGUUCACGACUACAACCAGCUCACCAAGGAGCGAGCGCCAGACGACAUGUCAUGGCAAGACCUGGUGGCCGAGAAGAGACGAAAGCUUUCCGACGCUAUCCCGGCCGAUUGGAGACUCAAAACUGCUCUUGUCGAAGAACUGACGCAGACAAAUGGAGGCCAUCUCCUCGAGCUGGAUCAUGCUAGACGAUCUGGGAUUCUCAACGAGCGGGAGCUCGAUAUCACCGGGAAUCAUUCAGCCGUUUCCCUGAUCGAGAAAAUGGCGUUUGGGCAUUUCACAGCAACUGAGGUUGUGACAGCGUUUUGCAAGAGAGCUGCUGUUGCCCAGCAACUUGACACUUUCAAAGUCGUUGGAUACGAUGCAACUGCAGGCUACGUCAACGGCCUCAAACUGGGACCUGCAACAACGAAUUCUUGCUUGGUCAGCGUCUUACUUGACGCAGGAGCAGUGCUCUACGUCAAAACGAACGUACCACAGACGCUGAUGACCGGAGAUUCUGAGAACAAUAUCUUCGGAAGGACGCUGAACCCACAUAACCUCAACCUCAACGCCGGCGGCUCAAGCGGCGGCGAAGGUGCCUUGGUGGCUUUCCGAGGAUCCCCCAUCGGAGUAGGCACCGACAUCGCCGGUUCAAUCCGAAUUCCAUCCAUGUGCUGUGGAAACUACGGCUUCAAGCCGACAAACCAUCGGGUCCCUUACGGGAAUCAGUCCGAGGGUCCCGUCAUGAGUCUCCCCGGCCCGUUUCCAUCUGCGGGACCUAUUGCAUCCUCCAUGCAAGAUCUCGAGCUCUUCAUGAAAGCAGUCAUCGGUCAACGUCCUGGAGCUUACGAUCCAACGGCCCUCGACUUGCAAUGGCGACAGCCGGCUGCGGGGCCGCGUCUCAGAAUCGGAGUGAUGGAAGAAGAGCCAGCCUGGCCGCUACAUCCUCCGGUCCGCAGGGCUUACGAGUCCGCCACCCAAGCGCUCACCGCAGCCGGUCACGACGUGGUACGCCUCCCGUACGAUUACGAGCGGAGUGCAGAUCUUGGCAUCAGGCUUGCCUGUCAGUUUUUCGAGUUGUCCCACCCACCCGAUGAAGAUCUCGCAGCGAUCCUCGGCGAGCCACUGGUCAAAUCGGCCGCUGCGAGAAUGCACCCCUUUACGACCAACCCGCGUCCAGUGCUUAGAGACAUGGCGCAUCCGUGGCGGCACUUGGAUGACCUGGAUCUCGCGCGCGCCAAGUACACCGAGGCGUGGCAUAAGGCGUGGUUCGGUCACAAACUUAAUGUCCUUUUGGCUCCGGGUGCUGACAAGACUGCCGUGCCGCAUGAUACGUACGGGUUGAUGCCUUACACGGUGGUUUUCAACUUGCUUGACUACCCUUCGUGCCUCAUUCCCACCGGGCGAGCCUCAAAGGCAUUGGACCCCGAACCAGUAAAAGCGUCCGGUCCGUUUCUUCCAGACUACGACCCCGACGCAGUCGACGGCGCUCCAUGUGGUAUCCAGGUUGUCACUCCAAGGUUGAGAGACGAGGAAUGCCUUGCUGCUGCUACCAUCAUCGACAGAGUUGUUAACGGGUCUUCCAAUUGA